GAGAAAUAGUUCAUCUGAAUUCAAAGUCACCAUGUGUGGUAUUUGUUGUGUUGUUACCUUGUGUAGCCAGCAUGCUAUUCACGAUUUUUUUAACAAAGACAUACUCUACCAUCUUAGAAGAAGAGGACCAGAUAGUAGCCAGCAGUUGAUAAAAAGUGUGCCUGAUCUCCCUUAUGAGUGUCUGUUUUCUGGCCAUGUACUUCACUUGAGAGGACUCGUGACUCCUCAGCCUCUGCAAAAUGCCAAUAGCAAUAUUUUUCUUUGGAACGGAGAAAUCUUCAAUGGAGUGCAUGUAGGAGAUCUAGAAAAUGACACUGAAGUUAUGUUUCAACAUCUUGCAUUAUGCAGUAGUGAAGAGGACAUGUUAUCACUAUUUUCAUCAGUUCGGGGUCCGUGGUCUUUUAUUUAUUAUCAAGCAUCUAGACACACUUUAUGGUUUGGUAGAGAUUAUUUUGGUCGCCGCAGUUUGCUUUGGCAAUGCAGCAAUGAGAUUGACAGCGCUUUUUGUCUUACAUCUGUAAGUGCUUAUUCUGAAUCAGGUCACCCAUGGCAAGAAGUCCCAGCAUGUGGAAUUUUCAAAAUCGAUCUCAAAGCUUGCACAGCAACUAAAUCUUGGUCUUUAACAUUGUUUCCAUGGAAGUACAGCUGCACAGAGAAAGCAGUAGAAGAAAUAUUCAUUAAUGUUCUGGACCAAGUUUCAAAACACUUACCAAACCACAUGCGUGUUGUAAUGAAUGAAUCAAAACUGUGUCUCAGAGCACCAGUUAUCCCCUUAAAUAAAACAAUUUCUGAAGCUUCAGGUCAAUGUCCAGGCACUAAUAUUAGCAACAUCACUCAUACGGUUUCUGUAGAAACCCUUCAAGGAUUUCUUGCAGAGGAGCACAAGAAAAAGUUAAUUUGUCAGUUUAUUGAUGUUUUAAAUGAAGCAGUAAAGAGACGGGUUUUAUCUCUAUUUAGAGCUGAAGAUCAGGAAACAAGAGAAGUUCCAAGCAUGUCUAACAGGAAAGCACAUAUUGCAGUGCUCUUUUCUGGUGGCAUUGAUUCCAUGGUUAUUGCAGCCCUUGCUGAUAAACAUGUACCUUUGGAGGAACCGAUAGAUCUUCUCAAUGUAGCUUUCAAGCUGAAAGAACAAGCUAAGCAAAGGGGUACCUCUAAAAACCAUACCAGCGGGGAGGUACAGUUUGAUCUGUUGUGUCCUCAAGAAAGUUGUCAUGAUCUUGAUGCUAAAACUUGUGCUUGUUUCUCUUGCUUUGAUGCUCCUGACAGAAUCACUGGUAGGGCAGGACUGAAAGAAUUAGAGGCCAUUAACCCUUCAAGAAAGUGGAACUUUGUGGAGAUCAAUGUUACACCAGAAGAGUUGAAAAAAAUGCGACAACAACGCAUUAAUCACUUAAUUUAUCCACUGAAUACAGUCUUGGAUGACAGCAUUGGCUGUGCAAUCUGGUUUGCUUCCAGAGGGGAGGGUUUUAUUAGUAACCAAGGAGAGCUGAAACCAUAUAGAAGUCCUGCAAAGGUUGUGCUUACAGGCAUUGGAGCAGAUGAACAGCUUGCUGGCUAUUCUCGACACCGUGUUUGCUUCCAAAAAUAUGGCUUCAAGGGUCUGAAUGAAGAACUUGAAAUGGAGUUAGAUCGCAUUUCUUCCAGAAAUCUUGGUAGAGAUGAUAGGAUUAUUAGUGACCACGGAAAAGAAGCCAGGUUUCCUUUUCUUGAUGAAGAUGUUGUUUCAUUCCUCAAUUCUCUGCCCAUCUUGGAAAAAGCUGACUUGACUUUACCUCGAGGAAUUGGUGAGAAGUUGCUUCUGCGUCUUGCAGCCAAGGAGUUUGGCCUCACAGCCUCAGCCAUUUUGCCAAAAAGAGCUGUACAGUUUGGAUCUCGGAUUGCAAAGCUAGAGAGCAACAGUGAGAAAGCAUCUGACACAUGCAGCAGACUGAAGUAAUUUUCAGUAGAUGAACUAUAAAGCUACAUCUUAAGAUGUUGCAUUUAUUCUAUAUGCAAUUUCAGUAAAUCUUUUGGAGUUUUCUUAAAAUGUUUGGUCUGUUUUUUUACACAUUUAGGCAUUACCAUUAAGCAUCAAAGUAAUGCACAUAGAUGUGAACUUGUACUAUGAAGGCAUUCAUGGAGGGGAAGAGAGGAUAGCUAGAGGCUGGCUUUCCUAACUGAUGUCAGUGGCACAAAAAGUAUGGAUCUGUCUGGUCUGUCAUGUAUAUUGAGUUCAGUAAAGGACAUCUGUUGUAGAACAGGGCUGGUCCUGCAGCUGUACUUUAGGAGAGGGUUUAGGCUGUGGUUUUAGAAGGGAAGAUGCAGUAAGGAGCUGGUCUGAAACGCCACAGCCAAAAAGAGCUGAGUUUCUUAAGCCUUGUUGCCUCUUAGGAGAUCUGCGCUUUAAGCAUCAUGCUUGGCCACAUACCCCCUGGGUGCUUUGGGGCAUCCCAUGCAGCUUUGCAGCCAGUUCUGCAGGGCUGCCUUGGUUGGUGGUCCUCUGCUCCUAGAGAAACUGGGAAGUUCCAUACAAACUGUUCUUUGUCCCUCCUUGGCUCCCUAGCUUGCUACCUCUUCUUUUAACUUUAGCUUGGCUACUUCUAAAGUUGCAAAGCAUCCAUUGUGUACUUCAAUAUAUGAAUGGGCUUCCUCUGAAGAAAAGCAUGAGUUAGCUUGUCUUCCUAAAUGCAUAUGAAAGGAUUGCAAAGUUAAUAUAAGAAAGACUGCAUAUGAGCUCGCCAGUGUUUUUUGUAAGUUUGGAGCUUAGUACAAAACAUGUUACCUUACAGUUCUAGUUUUUGUGUUUGUCCAAUCAAAUAGAGAAAGGAAAAAUACCAGAAAAAAAAAGGGUUAUUACGUGUAAAACAUACGGAUCAUUGGACCUCAUGCAAGCGGACAGGGAAUGCUGUAGAUGAACGUGUUUCCAAAAGAGCUCAUCUUCCACUGUGGUAUUGAAGUGAUGGGUCAGAUUUUCAAAAGUCCACUGUAAUUGUAAGUUCCCUCUAAAGCUAGCAAGAGCUGCAUUGUUUUAGCCAGCCUCUUCCUGCAGCAAAAAAACCCAACCCUGUUUCUUUUUUCUUAUGUGUUAUGCCUAUAAUAAAGACCAAAUGUAGACCUCUCUUA